AUGGAUGAUAUAGAUUUAAAAACAUCAGAGUUAUGUCUCAAUCUAGUGGUGCCUUCACAAGAUAUAAUGCAGUUUUUCAUGCAAUGGCAGAGAUAUAGGAAAUAUUGGUGGAGUUCAAUAACUACAACACCAAGUCUAUUUAAGCUAAGUGAUAUUAAACAAGAAGGAAAUGCAGCAAAUGUCAAUAUAUUGGCUAAUUUUAAUUGGGGCCAGAAAAUUGUUGAGACUAUAUCUAUAAAUACAGAAAGUACUGAAACAUCCUAUUUGAAUUGCAAAAUGUCAUUUGAAGAUGCUUUAUUUACAAUUUUACUUGAUGGAUUAUGGAACAGUACCAAUGAAGAAUAUUUACGACUCCACAAUAAAAUGGCUCCAUAUAAAAUAGCCCUAGCUUUAGAUUACGAAGAUUCAAAUAAUAUCGGUACUCUUAGAGAACUUGCCAUAUUAAUUGCACACAAAUUAGAAGCAAGAAAUAUAUCAACCUGGCUACCAAAUGUUUUGUUGCCUUUGGAAUCACAGCUAAAAGAAAAUUUUCAGAUUGGAGUAACAUACACUGCUAUUUUAAGUGAAUUUACUCUUUCUAAUGGUAUUUUUAACUUGCUGAACAGCAGUACUAUGUUAAAGGAACAUAUACACAUAGCUGAUUUUGUAUGUUAUGCUGCAUUACUUUGUGGUAAAAAAUAG